UCCUGGGAUUCCUUGAUCCUUCCCUUGCUACACCUCUCAAGUAUCUGUUGAUAUCUGUCGCAAGAACAUAUUGAAACAAUGAUUGCGGGAUACUUUUCUCUUAGUCUACUUGCUACGACCGUGGGCGCUGCAAGUAUAUCUGAACUCGUGGGCACUUGGUCAACAAAGUCCCGCAAGGUUGUUACAGGUCCGGACUUUUAUGAUCCGAUAAAUGAUAAAUUCCUUGAACCGGAUCUCACUGGUAUCUCCUACUCUUUCACGGAGGAUGGCCACUAUGAAGAGGCGUACUACCGCGCCGUUGCCAACCGUCAGUAUUCCACCGCGUCUCGGGUGCUUCUACUGUCUAACACAUCUGGGUCAUCAAUAGCCGUGGAUCCUUCGUGUCCUAAAGGUAUUAUGCAAUGGCAGCAUGGAAAGUUUGUCUUGAACAGCGACGGAUCCCUUGAAUUGACUCCUAUUGCCUCGGAUGGCCGUCAGCUACUUUCAGAUCCUUGUAGCUCUAGUGUCGCAACAUACACUAGAUACAAUCAGACAGAGACCUUCAAUUCUUUCCAGGUUUCCAAAGAUCCUUACCAUGGCAUUCAACGGCUGGACCUCAAGAGUUUUGAUGAUUCACCAAUGCAUCCAAUGUACCUUGUGUAUCAGCCGCCGCAGAUGCUGCCAACAACCACCUUGAAUCCGGUGUCUGAGACGGGAAAGAGUAAACGUCAUGUUCCCCGCGAUACCGACCGCUCGCCUGGAGUGAGGAACUUGAUUACAAAGGAGGAGCUUACCAACUGACCGGUGGCUGUGGGCUGGUGUGUUUGCGACUGCUCUGGGUGGCAUUACCUUAUUUUACUCUUGAUUGAGCGAGAAGCUUGGAAGGGCCGAUGCCUUAAUCAACUCGACUUCCCAGCGGCUAUGGAGUUCGGUAAACAUGUCAAAUGGAGGUGCUUGGGACGGUAUUCUAAGGGUUGGGAUCACUGGAGUUUUUGCAUACAAUUUGGCGCUGGAGGAAUUUCAAUUUGGUGUUUGAUCAUCUAAUCUUAUCGGUAUAGAGGCCAGGGUUGCCCGUCCUGGUGAAUGUAUGGGUUUACGCAGUUCAUAUACAUAUAAUGUUUCGUGAUAUAUAACAGGCUCGAAGCUCAGGGCUGACUUCUUCGCAUGUUUUUGUGAAAAGGAGCCUGACCGUGGCUCAAUGCGACUAUUGGAGUGAAGUAGGUUUACAGUUAUACAGUAGCUAAUAUACACACCACUCGGUU